AUGGGAUGGAUACAUGCGGGCAUCACAAUCUUUUGCUUUGCCGCGCCGUCCGCAGUAAUGGCAAUGCCCUUUGCGAUAGGCAAUGCUGGAUUCCUGGGAGGAAUGAUUCUGUGCCUGAUCGUCACAGGUGCUUCAAUCCUGGGUGCCAAGCUCCUGCUUCGCUUGAAAUUGCUGUAUCCUGAUUGUAAGACCUUCGGAGAUAUUGGUUUCCAAGUGCUGGGGACUCCUGGUAAAAUCUGGGGCAACCUUAUCCAGCUAGGGAAUUUCUGCUUAUUCAUGCCAUGUGCCCUUCGCUUCUGCGGUCUCGCCUUGAAGGGCAUUGGCAACUUCCCUGGCUUCGAUGAGUGUGUGGACUAUUAUGUCUUUGUCGUGGCUUUCGUUUGCCUUGUCACGACACAAGUACGUAGCUUCAAGAAUGCUCAAUGCUUCACAGUUUUAUCCCUCGCCUGCGUGAUUGGCAUGGUGCUUUCCAUGGUCUAUGCCUCCUUCCGCUAUGAGAACCCACACAAGAUUCCGGCCAUGUGGUUUGGCAAUCCGGAGCCAGAAGAGGGCUUGAGACUCAUAAGGUUGGCAGGUGGUUGCAGCAUUGCCGCUUGGGCGUUCAUCCCCGGAUUCUUGACGGUAGAGCUGAGUUCCUGCUUAGCAGAGCCGUCGGAGUUCAACAAGUCCCUGUUGCUGGCAGGGGCAUUGAAUGUGUUAGGGUUCUGCGCUGGGUGCGUGGUCAUUGCCCGAUGGGGCUACAAAGUGGGAGAAGUGAUUGCAGUCACACCUGUCAUGGCAUGGACACCGGGGCUUGCGGUCAACUCAGUCUUCAACGCUUGCCAGCUUGGCGGGAAUUUUGUGUCAUAUAUGUUGGACUCUGUUCCUCUCGGCCGAUUUUGUCAGCGCGCUUGGGCUCCAGAUUUCAAAGACACCUGGUCAGCGGGAGACAUUGGCCGUUACCUCACCUACACUCUCCCGGUUUUCGCAUUUGCUUUGACUUUGAGCGUGUUCACUCCAAGCAUCAAUGUCCUUCUGGAUUUUACCACAGCUUUGACGACGCCAUGGGUCAGCCAUGUUUACCCUGCAGUGAUCUACUGGAGGUUGAAGACGAGAGGUGGAAUAAACGUCCCGCCCCAACCCAUGACGAUCAAGGAGAAGCUGAUCGUAUCCUAUGUGUUUCUGGUUGGAUGCCUGGCAGUCUUUGCAUGCUUUGUUAAAGCAAUUGGCUUCCUGGUCUUUGAAGAGCUGCGACCCAAGUUCCAGGUUGGCUGCGACGGCUGGCUGCUUUGGAAGCCGUAA